GAGUCUUCGUGGCGUAGCUUGUUCAGCUGCUCGUCGAAGCGGCUGUCGGACGGUUGCCUGUCAGCGAGUUAGCGUACAAUGUAGCAGCCAUAUUUGUUCUUAGUUCAUAAUAGCGUGCGCAUAUUUUAAUGUAUAGAAGAAUAAUUAGGGAAAAAUACCAAGAUGACUAUUAUAGUUUUCUUAAUUGACACUUCAGCUUCUAUGAACCAAAGAGCUUAUUUGGGCGGACGCCCAACGUUGCUCGAUGUAGCCAAGGGCGCUGUGGAAACAUUCGUAAAGGUUCGGCAACGAUCUCCCGAAAGCAGAGGUGAUAGAUAUAUGCUUCUAACUUUCGAAGAGCCACCCGCGAACAUCAAGGCUGGCUGGAAGGAAAAUUUGGCUACUUUUAUAAAUGAACUAAAAAACUUGCAAUGUCUCGGCUUAACUACUAUGGGUGCUGCAUUAAAACAUGCAUUCGACGUGCUUAAUAUUAAUAGAAUGCAAACUGGCAUUGAUACUUAUGGCCAAGGCAGAUGCCCCUUCUAUCUGGAGCCGUCAGUAAUAGUUGUUAUUACUGAUGGAGGCAAACUCACUAGCAAUGCUGGGAUACAGGAGGAGUUCAACUUACCAAUGAAUUGUCCAAUACCUGGUUCGGAAUUGACACGGGAGCCAUUUCGUUGGGACCAGAGAUUGUUCUCUCUGGUGCUGAGGUUGGCUGGAACACCGGCUGUAGAAAGAGACAUUGGACUUGUGCCUUCGGAUUCCUCACCAAUAGACGCUAUGUGUGAAGUCACUGGAGGUCGCUCCUACUGCAUCACGUCACACCGUAUGCUGAUGCAGUGCAUCGAUAGCCUCGUCCAGAAGGUGCAGAGCGGUGUCGUCAUCAACUUUGAGAAGAUAGGCCCGGAUCCCCCACCUAUUGAUGCUGGUAACACCAAGGAGGGAGAGGACGAAGUCAACCCGGAGGCGGAUAAGGAAAUGGAUGUGGAUGGCGAUCGGAAUGGGCGGUGGAACGGCGGGCCCUAUCAAACUGGCAUGCCACCGAAUCAGCCGUCAAAUGUACCACAAGCUUGGCACUCGUGUCGUCGCCUCAUAUACGUGCCCCGGACUGUCUCGCAGAAGGGUUUCGCCGUCGGCUUCUGGCCUAUACCGGAGUCCUUCAGGCCAGAUCCGAAUGCUCCUACUUUGCCGCCGCGUUCUGCUCAUCCCGUCGUCAAGUUUACAUGUGCGAGCCAGGAGCCAAUGGUGAUAGACAACUUGCCGUUCGACAAGUACGAGUUGGAACCCAGUCCACUUACACAGUUCAUACUCGCGAGGAAACAGCCUACUGUGUGUUGGCAGGUGUUCGUAGCUAACAGCGGCUGCAAGAACUCGGAAGUCAGUCAUCCAUUCGGCUACCUCAAGGCAUCAACCAAUUUGACGUGUGUGAACCUGUUCGUCCUGCCGUACAACUAUCCAGUGCUGUUGAGACUUCUAGAUGACCUGUUCAAGGUGCACCGAUGCAAACCAACCCCGGAAUGGAAGUUGGCAUUCCAGCAGUACCUUGAUAGAAUGCCAUCGUACUAUGUUACGCCUUUGCGACGAGCUCUGACCAAAAUGGGCGCUUCGGCGCCUCUGGUGCAGAGUCUAAUACCGGACACGCAGGACAACUCACUGAGUUUCUCCGUACUUAACUAUCUGAAAAGACUGAAGAACCAGGCGAAAAUCGAGUUCGAGAAGCUAUGCGCUGAUGUUAUCAACAAAGCUUCCAGUAGCAAUAGUCAGAAGGUGGCAGAAAGCGUGCGCGUGAUGCCGCGGUCCCCUCUCAAGAAGGAUCUCACCACGCACCCGUGUUUACAAGACAAGUUCACGGCGCUGCGAGACCAGCUGAACGAGUUCGGUGGGUUCGUGGUAGGCCUCUCCCGGGGGAGGCAUAAGGCGGCCGCACAUACGUACCGGAACCCCUUCGAUAUACAACGACGUGAUUUGUUGGAUCAGGUGGUCCGCAUGCGAGCGAACUUCCUCCAGCCGUCGCUGGCGCACACGCGGCUGGUGGACGAGGACAGCGUGCACUCGAUGCCCGUGGCGCAGAUGGGCAACUACCAGGAGUACCUCAAGCGCAUGGUGCCGCAGCUCCGCGAGAUCGAGUCGCAGCCCGUCAGGCAGCACAUGUUCGGGAAUCCGUUUAAGAUCGACAAGAGAAUGAUGAUGGUGGACGAGGCGGACAUCGACCCGCUAGGCGCCGUCCGCGGCGGCGGCGGCGCCGGCGGCAAGCGAGGGGCGGAGUCGCCGCGCGCCGCGCCGCCCAAACGCAAGGCGGGACCGCUGCCGCAUCACAUCACCGCCAGAAGACCCUCCACCCCGAAGUCGCCCCCAACUGUGGUGUCGCCGUCGCCGCCGCUGUCGCCCGCGCCGCCCGCCGCGCCGUCGCCCGCGCGCCGCCCCGCCUCGCCGCUCGCGCCUGUACCCGCUGACUUACCCUCCGGGCGACCGCCUGAGGAGCCCAUGUUAGUGGAUACCGGGGGGCCGUCAGUGGCGCCCGCAUUUCCGCAGCCGAGCACGCCGCCUAACCUCCCGCCUGUUGUUAAACCAUUCCUCAACGGAGACGCGUACACGACGAUGGGCAAGAUGGCGCGGUCGCCGUCGCCGCCGAACGGCACGAGCGCGGAGCCCGACUCGCGCGAGCUGCAGAUCAACGCUAUCUUGCAAGGUGUCGCCGCAGAGAACACGUCGCACGCGAGACGACGACGACGACGGAAGAGCGAGAACUCGUACGUGCCGCCUGUGUUACCGCCGCAGCCGACCCGCAAGGAGUUGGCUGAGAUAAAGAAACACAACAUCACCGUGCGUACCGACGUCUACCGGGAAGUCAGGAGGCCCGGCAGAGAUUACUCCAAAUUGUUCGAGCAUCUUAAACAGUUGAAAGGUGGGGUGGACGUUAAGAAGGAAGUGAUACGCGACGUCAUAAGCGAAUCCUUGAGGUUCAAGCGGAAAGCGCUCGCGAAACUCCUAGAAGACUUUCUCGCGGGAUUAGAGAAGAACGGGAGUAGUGCAGUGAUUAAGUCUUUCCCCAAUGACUACGCGAUAAGUAAUCACAGCUAGUGCUCGCUCAUGGACCGAUGGACUCGAGUGUUGAACCUAUAGCGGUGUUAAAGUAUUACGUCACAAUUAUUGUCAGAGAUUGUUCUGAAGAGUGGAGUGGUCUUGUCAUGCUAAUAAUGAAAUGGAAACAGGUAUCUUAAACUUUAAACAAAUCUAUUUAGUAGUAAUUGGUUUUCAGCCAUGUCUACAAGUACGAUCAAGAAAUAUAGUAAUUUAUUAGUAUUAACAUCUACCCAGGCAUUUUUCCUGGGAAACCUUGAAUUUUUUAUUUAUUUCUGUUAUAAUUAUAAUUCUUUAAAAUCACAGCAGAAGUUAAAUGUCUUUGUAUGAUCAAAAUUGAUGGACCUUUUUCAGAUUAUUAAGCAUGAUAAGGCCUUUGUUAAUAAAGCAGUGGAUGUAUUGUUAUUGAUGUUUUUAAUUCGGGACUGUGUAUGAACUUGUACGUCAGCACGAUUUGUAUGUAUGGUUCGCCUUGUUUUGGCUGUGAAAUUCAUUAUGGCGGACAUGUCAAUCGAAUAUCAGUGAUUAAACUUCGAAUUAGCUCGUCUCUUUCUAUGUGCUAAGGACAGUCAGGGACAGAAUGUAUUUUGUUGUAGUGGUGAUUACCGUUUAGGUUGUAUCGAUGGGCACAGAUCUCCAUAUUUUGUCUCUGCCUUGUAAAGAGAAGCAUAGAUUAUAUUUCAGAUCAUUAUAAGAAACCUAAAUGCAAUAUUAUUCCUACGUUUACGGAAUAGAAGAUUUAUUUAAAGUGAACAAAGUUAUAUAUGAACCUGAAAGGCAUUUAAUUUUACUUUUCCUUGUAAAAUUUUAGGUUAUUUGGAAGCAAUAUGAAUUGUAAAGAGUGGUGUUAUACUAGAAGUGACUUGGAAUGUAUUAAAUGUAUAUAGUACUGUAUAUAGCCUCUAGUAUUACCAAAAUGUGCGUCGCCACACCGCAUAUAGUGUAACGGGACGCGGGGCUCCGAUGUUUUUGGAUGUUGCCUAUUUUUAAGUCCAGUCAUUGUUCGAUUCGGACCGUGUGAGGUGCCCGUUACGCUAAAUGUUUGGUCAAUUGUAAAGUGUAAAUAACGUUUUAUAAAUAAAUUAUGAUCCUUAUUGGAUUUUUA